AUGGACACCGCUACUACCUCUGCUACUGAUGAUGCUAAGAUUCAACAUGUAACCAAGAAAUCAUCCGAUGAACUGCUCAUGAAGUUUGCCGAACUGGGUUCCGACGAGGCUGAACGGAAGAUAGACUUGCGUAGUGUCAGUGUCAGCAAACGCCGGAAGAAGAAGAGGAGGGAAUAUCAAUGUGACAGCCCUUCAUAUGUUGGCACCGCCGUCGUUGAAAGGAGGUCGCUUCUGCCGCUGCCACCCGUGACACGGAGGUCGGUGUUUCUCCGGCAGCUCAGGGCAAGUCAAAGAAACAAGUCCUCAUCACUUAUGGGAACCAUUCAGAAGACAUGGCGUAGAACUGUAGAAGGGGCUUCCAGGGUUUUCAUGGAAAAGCAGUAUCAUCGCCAUAAGCGUUUGAUCAAUGAUAUUGUUUAG